AUGGAUUGGAAGACACUGCAAGCCCUGCUGAGCGGCGUCAACAAGUACUCGACGGCCUUCGGGCGCAUCUGGCUGUCGGUGGUGUUCGUCUUCCGCGUGCUGGUGUACGUGGUGGCGGCCGAACGCGUGUGGGGCGACGAGCAGAAGGACUUCGACUGUAACACCAAGCAGCCGGGCUGCACCAACGUCUGCUACGACGAGUUCUUCCCCAUCUCCAACAUCCGCCUCUGGGCGCUGCAGCUCAUCUUCGUCACGUGCCCCUCGCUGCUUGUGAUCCUGCACGUGGCCUACCGCGAGGAGCGCGAGCGGCGGCAUCGGCAGAAGCACGGCGACCAGUGCGCCAAGCUGUACAACGACACGGGCAAGAAGCACGGCGGCCUGUGGUGGACCUACCUGCUCAGCCUCGUCUUCAAGCUCAUCAUCGAGUUCCUCUUCCUGUACGUGCUGCACACGCUGUGGCACGGCUUCGGCAUGCCGCGCCUGGUGCAGUGCGCCAACGUGGCCCCCUGCCCCAACGUGGUGGACUGCUACAUCGCCCGGCCCACCGAGAAGAAGGUCUUCACCUACUUCAUGGUGGGCGCCUCGGCCGUGUGCAUCGUGCUCACCAUCUGUGAGAUCUGCUACCUCAUCUUCCACAGGAUCGUCAAGGGCCUGCGGAGGAGCCGGCCCCCCAAGGCCAACGGCGCCCCGCCUUCCACCAGGCGGGCCUCCACCUGCCGCUGCCACCACAAGCUGCUGGAAGCGGGGGAUCUGGAGCCCGAUGCCGGCGAUGCUAAGCUCCAGGCUUCGGCACCCAAGCUGAGUCCCAUCUGACCUUCUCACCCACUCCCACCCUCGGCCCUCCCCGGGGCUGGGGGAAGUGGAUCCCAGAGGGACGUGGCCAGGGGAGGGGUGGUAGUGGUGCUGCAGGGUGGUGCUCCUGUGGGUGCUGGCUUUCUUCAAAUGUGCCGUGCUCUUCAGCACACCUGCAACAGGCAUA